GCCUUUACCGGUGAAAUAUCCGCAUCGAUGCUAGCCGAUUUUGGCUGCCAAUUGGUUUUACUCGGUCAUUCCGAACGCCGGAGUCUUUUUGGCGAUACAGAUCAAUGGGUUGCGGAAAAAAUAGAGAAAGCGCUGGAUGCUGGGCUGGUGCCUGUACUGUGCGUCGGUGAGUCUCUGGAAGAACGCGAAUCGGGUCAGACCGAGACCGUUGUCGAACGCCAGCUGCAAGCGGUUCUUGACCGAGUUGGUAUGGCUUCUUUCAGCGACAUGAUUGUCGCCUACGAGCCGGUGUGGGCGAUCGGUACAGGCAAGACCGCCAGCCCCGCCCAGGCACAGGCAGUUCAUGCAUUUAUUCGGUCCAAAUUGUCUGCGCUGGAUGCUACAAUCGCCGACCGCGUACAGAUCUUGUAUGGCGGCAGUGUAAAAGGCUCCAACGCGGCAGAAUUGUUCGCUGAGCCGGACAUUGACGGUGGGCUGAUUGGUGGUGCUUCGCUUGCGAGUGAAGAUUUCCUGGCGAUCUGUCAGGCUUGA